AUGGGGUGUUUACAGGGAGCUGGGGGUGAUACCGGUCCCGCCAACCCCACCAGCCCCUCUAGCUCCUCAAGGCCCACUAACCUCCUCAACCCCACCAGCCCCUCUAGUUCCUCAAGGCCCACUAAUCUCCUCAACCCCACCAGCCCCUCUAGCUCCUCAAGGUCCACUAACCUCCUCAACCCCACCCGCCCCUCUAGCUCCUCAAGGUCCACUAACCUUCUCAACCCCACCAGCCCCUCUAGCUCCUCAAGGUCCACUAACCUCCUCAACCCCACCAGCCCCUCUAGCUCCUCAAGGCCCACUAAUCUCCUCAACCCCACCAGCCCCUCUAGUUCCUCAAGGCCCACUAACCUCCUCAACCCCACCAGCCCCUCUAGCUCCUCAAGGCCCACUAACCUCCUCAACCCCACCAGCCCCUCUAGUUCCUCAAGGCCCACUAACCUCCUCAACCCCACCAGCNGGUCAAGAGAGGAUUACGAGUGGUCAGUGUGUGGGUCAAGAGGGGAUUACGAGUGGUCAGUGAGGAAUUCAAGAGGGGAUUACGAGUGGUCAGUGAGGAGGUCAAGAGGGGACUACGAGUGGUCGUGUGUGGGUCAAGCUGGGGUUACGAGUGGUCAGUGCGGGGGUCAAGAGGGGGUCAAGUCACGCAACAACCCCCCCGCCGGCCGGAGUCAGCGGGGGUCCACUAAUCGAACCGCCGCCUCGCGUAAUGGAAAGUCGGCAAAGCGUGAAAAUUUCAUCAAGAAACCAUAA